AUGGCGGGACAAGCAUUUAGGAAGUUUCUGCCUCUGUUUGACCGGGUGCUGGUGGAAACCAUCACCAAAGGAGGCAUUAUGCUCCCGGAGAAGUCCCAAGGGAAGGUGCUGCAGGCGACAGCAGUGGCUGUGGGAUUGGGAAAGGGUGCAGAGAUUCAGCCAGUUACUGUCAAAGUGGGAGAUAAAGUUCUUCUGCCAGAAUAUGGAGGCACCAAAGUAGUUCUAGAUGACAAGGAUUAUUUUCUAUUUAGAGAUGGCGACAUUUUUGAAAAACACGUAGCUUGA